GUCGGGUUAACCCUCUCUUACGUGUCGCUAGUCGCUGUCUGUCAGUCAGUCCGUCCGCAUGUCUGCAUAGCUUUCAGUCUCAACUUCGAGGAGCUGGUGCCUUGGGCUGGAUGCGACCUCCCCCCCCUUCCAUCCCCUCUCCCUCUGUCGGUUUGCAAAUACGUUCUUUACUUCGUUAUACUACCAGUCACUAACUGACCUUCUUAUUCAUCUUGGCAGGUUCCCUUGAACGCUCUUCUUCCAUCUCAAGUUUAAUGGUGGCACUAAGGUUUACUGUCAGUGGGCUGGCACCACAGGAGCAGCUCCAUGACUCCAAGAGGUUCGCUUGAACGCCCUUAUGCACAUUCAAGUUACAUGGCGGCGCUAUAAGGAUUACUGUCAGCGGGCUGGCACCACAGGAGCAGCUCCAUGACUCGAAGAGGUUCCCUUGAACGCCCUUCUGCCAUCUCAAGUUUAAUGGUGGCGCUAAGGAUUACUGUCAGCAGGCUGGCACCACGGGAGCAGCUCCAUGACUCCAAGAGGUUCCCUUGCACGCCCUUCUGCACUUUCAAGUUAUAUGGCGGCGCUCUAAGGAUUACUGUCAGCGGGCUGCAGCACAGGAGCAGCUCCAUGGCUCGAAGAGGUUCUGUUGAACGCCCUUCUGCACUUUCAAGCUUUAUGGCGGCGCUAAGGAUUACUGUCAGCGGGCUGGCACCACACGAGCAGCUCCAUGAGUCGAAGAGGUCUCUCGCUUUGCACAGUCGUUUUGUUGUCGUCCAGGUCCCCUGGUAUGCCAUGUGCGCGCCCAAGAUGCAUGGGAGCGCCAAGGCCUUGUGCGCUCUUGACGCCCCAUUGCCUGCUAGAGUACUCUCCCUUCAAUCCAAGCCCUGCAUGCCCCACACUUCUUCAAUACCCGGCACACUUGCUUCUGCGCCAAGCCUUCAGCGCCAUGCCUUCAACGUGCUAUGCCUCCAGUGCUGCCAUACGUGAUGACCAGAUAAGUCCGCGCCACCCUCCUUGAAUCCGCUUUCCCGUUAUCAUCCAGAUUUCUAUUCUCCAUGUUAUCCAUCCACCAUACUGUCUGACACCCCACUUGAGCCACCCCUCUGGUCUGGUUGGGAAAGGUUCAGGUCGCCCCUCAGGUGCUCAGGUGCCUCUGGCACUUUUCCUAAGCCGCUGUGCUCUUCUGCAAGUCUGCAAGCCUCUGCGCUAUUCAGCAGCCGCUGUACUGUGCUCCAAGCUUGGGUGAACGUGCCUGCCGACAGCACUGGUAGGGGUACCCCCGCCCCCAACCACCUGUCCGGGCUUAAGCGCUCAGGCACCAAGUUCAAGCCCAAGUCCCAGUUGAUCCGCCAGUCUCACACCCGAGUCGAAGUGCCAAAGCCAUCCAAGGCACCCAUGGGAGUAGAGGUGGGCUGGUG